CAGUUCCAGCCUGCCAGGGAAUAGAGGGACGGGGCUGGAGACGCCUCUGCCGCUCCUCCCCACAGAGCCCGAGCACCCCGAGCCUGGGAGCUCACCCUUCCAGCCGGGGAUGCAGGAGCCUUCCUGAUACCAGCCACUCCACAAAGUCUUUUUCCUGACGUUUCGGAGGCUUUUGGGGCGGAAAUUUUGAUGACCUCGUUUGCCAGGCAUCUAAAUAUCCAGUGGAACUGCUGAGAUGUUCCAACAAGCCUUUUUUUCCACUCUCCUUUGUGUGGCUCUAGUUCCUCUCCAUGCUCAGUUUGAUGGGGAUCCUGGAGAUGUCAGUCCUACCUCCUGUGCAGAAAAGAGGAACUGCCCCAUCAAUGUGUACUUCAUCAUUGACACCUCAGAGAGUGUCGCUCUGCAGACUGUGCCUAUCCAGAGCCUCGUGGAUCAAAUAAAGCAGUUCAUCCCUAUGUUCAUCAAUAAACUGGAGAGUGAGCUCUACCAGAGCCAAGUCUACAUCACUUGGCAGUUUGGUGGACUUCAUUACUCGGAUGUGGUGGAAAUUUACAGCCCUUUAACCAGCAGCAAAGACAUAUACCUCACCCGGCUGUCUGCUAUUAACUACCUUGGCCGGGGCACCUUCACGGACUGCGCUAUCUCCAACAUGACGGAGCAGAUCCAGACCCAGAUGGCCUCGGGUGUGAACUUUGCAAUAGUCAUCACUGAUGGCCAUGUCACUGGCAGCCCCUGCGGGGGGAUGAAGGUGCAGGCUGAGAGGGCACGAGACAUGGGGAUCAAGCUCUUUGCAGUGGCCCCCAGCGAGAAUGUCUACGAGCAGGGACUGCGAGAGAUCGCCAACCUGCCACACGAGCUGUACCGCAACAACUAUGCUAUCACGCAGAAAGACACCCUGGAAAUCGAUGAGAACACCAUCGAUAGGAUAAUCCAAGCUAUGAAACACGAAGCCUACGGAGAGUGCUACAGGAUGAGCUGCCUGGAGAUUGCAGGUCCGCCUGGUCCCAAGGGAUAUCGAGGGCAGAAGGGUGCAAAGGGGAACAUGGGUGAGCCGGGCUCCCCUGGGCUGAAGGGACGACAGGGUGACCCGGGUAUUGAAGGUCCAAUCGGAUACCCUGGUCCCAAGGGUGUCCCAGGACUGAAAGGAGAGAAGGGUGAGAUUGGAUCCGAUGGACGGAGGGGUGCCGCUGGUUUGGCAGGCAGAAACGGCACCGAUGGACAGAAGGGCAAGCUGGGGAGAAUUGGACCACCGGGCUGCAAGGGAGACCCCGGUGACAAGGGCCCUGAUGGCUACCCAGGAGAUGCAGGAGACCAAGGUGAAAGAGGAGAUGAAGGCGUAAAGGGAGAUCCUGGCCGGCCUGGUCGCAGCGGACCCCCAGGACCUCCAGGAGAAAAAGGAAGCCCGGGACUUCCAGGCAACCCUGGACCUCAAGGGCCUCCUGGAAGUAAGGGAAGAAGAGGUGAAGCGGGACCUCCUGGACCCAAAGGAGAGCCUGGUCGACGUGGAGAUCCAGGGACAAAAGGCAGCAAAGGCAGUCCUGGGGCCAAAGGAGAAAGGGGAGAUCCUGGUCCAGAGGGUCCUCGUGGCCUGCCCGGUGAGGUUGGAAGCAAAGGAGCAAGGGGAGACCAAGGACUGCCAGGACCUCGAGGCCCUUCAGGUGCUGUGGGAGAGCCAGGCAAGAUAGGAUCACGUGGGGACCCUGGUGACUUGGGCCUAAGAGGUGAUGCCGGACCACCAGGACCGAAGGGUGACAGAGGCAGACCUGGCUUUAGCUACCCUGGACCCAGAGGACCACAGGGUGACAAGGGUGAGAAGGGGCAGCCAGGACCCAAGGGAAUAAGAGGUGAGCUUGGACCAAAAGGAGUGCAAGGGACCAAAGGAGCGAAGGGGGAACCGGGUGACCCUGGUCCGGGAGGGGAGCCUGGUCUCCGCGGUCCAACUGGAGAAGCAGGCCCCGAGGGGACCCCUGGCCCACCCGGAGAUCCUGGCCUCACUGACUGCGACGUGAUGACCUACGUGCGAGAGACAUGCGGAUGCUGUGACUGUGAGAAGCGCUGCGGUGCCCUGGAUAUCAUGUUCGUCAUAGACAGCUCAGAGAGUAUUGGCUACACCAACUUCACCCUGGAGAAAAAUUUUGUUGUCAACGUGGUCAGCCGGCUGGGGUCUAUUGCCAAGGACCCCAAGUCGCAGACAGGUGCCCGUGUUGGGGUGGUGCAGUACAGUCACGAGGGGACCUUCGAAGCCAUCAAGCUUGAUGAUGAGCGCAUUGAUUCACUGUCAAGCUUCAAGGAAGCAGUGAAGCGCCUGGAGUGGAUUGCUGGAGGCACCUGGACACCAUCUGCCCUUCAGUUUGCCUACAACAAGCUCAUCAAGGAAAGCAGGCGAGAGAAAGCCCAGGUCUUUGCUGUGGUGAUCACAGAUGGGCGCUACGAUCCCCGGGAUGAUGACAAGAACCUAGGGGCUCUUUGCGGUAGAGAUGUGGUCGUCAACACCAUUGGCAUUGGAGACAUGUUUGAUCAGCCAGAACAGAGCGAGACCCUGGUCUCCAUUGCCUGCAAUGAACCCCAGCGAGUCCAGAAGAUGAGGCUCUUCUCAGACCUGGUGGCGGAGGAAUUCAUUGACAAGAUGGAAGACGUGCUCUGCCCAGAUCCACAGAUCGUCUGCCCUGAGCUGCCCUGUCAGACAGAUGACAGGAACCCUGGGAACAUAAACCCACUUAUUUUCCGCCCCAUGGAAGAGGGAGUCAACAUAGAUUUCCCCAGCACCAUACAUUCGAUCGCCCAGUUCCUAAACUCCACGCGGGAAACCCAGGACCCCAGCAUGUACACCCAGCUGGUGGCCACUUUGGCCUUUACCGCCGAAAAAGCCAAGUUUGCCACUGGAAAUGAGCGGCAAGAGUGGAUGGACUUGUUCAUUGACACCUUCAAAAUGGUGCACAGCGAGAUUGUGGGGGACCCAGAAACUGUGCUAGGGCUUUGCUGACAUCUCUGUUAGAGAUCACGUGAAGUGGGUGGAGAAAGAGGUUGAGUGGAGGUGGUAAUCAUCUUUCCUUGAGUGCCUGUUUGGCAGAGGGGACAGGCACAUUGGUAGAUGCUUUUAGUUUAGGAGAAACACAGGCAGUGAAAUGGCUUGGUUGCGCUCAGCUAGGGAUGUGACGUGAGGGGCAGUCCUCUCCGGCUUGGCUGGCUGAUGAGCAUGGCGGCUUUCCCCAGUGAUGUCAAGAGAUGCUCUUGCUUUGCCCACUGCCUUUCUGCAGAGGACCUGCACUGCCUCAGUCUCUGAGCCAGCCACACUGCUCCCUUCCAGCCCUCCCAUGCUUCCACCCUGCUCCAGCAGGCUAGCAUGUCCCAGCCCUCAGCCACGUGUGAGCACCAGCCUUCACCAAGGAGGCUGCCGGCACAUGUGUGUCUGAGGGCCAGACUGAACCCCUCAAUGCACUUUUCCCAUGCCUUCCUAUGUAUGUAUUUGCUGACCGCUUCUGAAGCAUCUUCUGCAUCCUCUCGCUGGGUUACUGUGAGGGCUGUCUUCAGGUCCUGCAAACCAUUUGUGUGGCAAAGCAAGGUGUAUCUCCUCUUGCCGCAGUGAGUGUCUCCGAACAACCAUUCAGUGGGCAGUUGGGGAUAUUGAAGGGAAGGAGCAAGCAGUAUGGGAGAGGAGGCAUCUCUGGCUUUCCAUCGAGCACCAAAACCUGGGGAGUGCUUCUCUCAGAAGCUGUAUGAGCUCCCUCUGCCUUUUUCUCUGCUUGUACAUUUGUGUUUCUUCUGUCUGAAUUAGCAACAUGUACCUGUUCGUAUCCAAGAGGUAGAGGUUAUGUAGGGCCAGGCGGUCCAAGGCAAAAAUCCAGGACUGUGCAAACCUCUGUGACGCGUUAUGUGAGCUAUUUAAAAGCAAGUAUUUAAACGUGAUAUAGUAUAGCCCAUUCAAUCCAUUCCCAGUGCUAGUUUGGUUCAGAGAGACUACAGACCCACCACUUGUGCUGCAGGUAUGUGCACUUAGACAAGGAGUGAUAUGUCCACGAGCUCAGCUGCCCCUGGUUUUCACAAAAAGUCAGGCAGGUGACUGCCAUUCCUGCCUCCAGAAUAACUACUGGCCUCCCAAGCCCUAAGAAGAGAAAACAGCAUUUCAUGUGCAGACACAAGAGGAAGUGCUUACUGCCAGCAAGUGAAUUCUGCAGCCUCUCUAACUGACAUGGUAUUAUUGCAAUAAAGUAUACUGAGCAAAUGUCAUAUUUAAUGGGCAGAAGGGAGAUGUAUGGUCUUCAAAAAUGGGGUUGGGCUGUAAUGUUUCCAGGUGUGCAAAGUGGAGCCAGUUGCCAAGCUCAGGCGUGGGAAUUGGAAUGAGGAACUUACCCGCUUGGAACUUCUUACAGUCUUUUCAACAUCUGGGGUUUGCCAGUCUAGGCUAGAAGCCAUCCAGCAACAGGCACGCAGGGAAGAUGUUUAUGUCACUCAGCACAUGAGCAGAUCAUACACACUGCACAAAAAUAAUCUUUCUCCCAAGGUUUCAGCACUUUUUGCUCCCAGUCUAUAGGGACAGGGAGCUUAGAACUGCUAUUGGCAUAUAAUAGAGGGAAAAGAGUUCAGAUAGCUUUACGUGGUGUGUUCUGUGUUUUAGGUGAAGGCAAAAGGAUCAGCCUGUGUCUGAGUCCAUAUGCUAGCAUCUGAUCAUAAUCCACAUGUUCUGGAUAGUCUGUGCAAAGCCAAGCUCCCUACUCUGUUUUGAUUUUUACCCCAAAAUUAGUGUGUGACUUAGCUGGCUGGGAUGCAAGUAAGAGGACUGAACUCAGAAUAGUUAAGCUGCUCCAGCCAUGAUGCUAGAGGAAAAGCUCCCAAAACCCACUGAUUUGAAGAGAACAUCUCAGGGCUGGGAUGUUUUGCUGAACAACACAAGGAUUCAGCAAGACUUCAGCAAAGGGGGUGUUUAUUUCAUUUCAUCACACAGUGGCUGUUUAUUUCAUUUCCUUUGGAAAUAUUUCCUAGCAAAGCAGUACAACAUUGGAAACAAAGGUGUUUUGCUAACACAAUCCCGGCUAAUCCCUUUGAUAGAAUCAGAUAGAUUUCAUCACAGCAGUGGUUCCUUCAGUGAAGCUCUUGGGCAAAGGAAGGACACAAGAUAAGGGGUUGGGCAAAGGACAGUCCACACUUCCCCAAAGCCAUGGGAGGGGUUGUGAAAGGGAGAAGCCCCAGAAAGGGCUGGGAGGUCAGUCCCCAUCUCACUGUCACUUUCAUCUCCACUGUCAACACUGUGAAACAAUAGAGGGAAUACAAGUUAUGCAGGUUUUUGAAGAAGCAGGAACAUGAUGUGAAUGGGUAGGGUUACUCUGCACAUGCAUGUAACUAGACGGGUUGCUAAUGCAGGAAAAUCAAUGGUAUUUCUGCUUUUUGUGCUAUCUCUGUUAGAUGUCCUCAGCUGUGUCCUAGCAUACAGUACGCAAUAGAGUGAGCUGCAGGCAUUUGUGCCUUGCUGUAAGCUGCAUGAGAAGGACUGGUGCUCCAAUUAAAAGCAUGAUGUGAAGAUUUUAGUUGGCCUAAUUCACAGUGGUGCCUCUGAGAGCUUAUCUCCCAGUUAAGGAUGAGAAUCUUGUUCCUCACUGCGGGAAAGGGUGCUUGGGUCCUCAGCCUCUCAGAAAUAGGAACAAACUGCAACCGAAGCGUGACACUGAGCAGGACAAACCCAAGGUUUUGCUGCACUGCUCGCACCUAUGUAACGUUCCCAUGAGAUAAUUCAUAUGUAAGGGCAUCUUACCACACAGCUCAAAGGCAGCCCUCUCCAGUGGUGAGGGCUGAGCAGCAAGAGGAGUCCUGGGGGAGUGCUUCUGCAGGAGAGGCUGCCUAGAGAGCCAGCCGUGUGUUACGCUCUUGCUGAAGACCUGCAGAGUGAUGCUGCUCUCCGUUGCUGUCUGCUUAAUUAGGAGCUCUCAGGGCUUACUUUGGGUCAUGUGGGAGGGGCGUGGAUCUUGCUUGUUAUCACAAGAAACAUGACUACAUGUAGACAAGCAAAAGAGAGACAGCCUGGUAAGACUUCUCCAACACAAUAUGCAGCCCUUACUCCCACCCGCCCACCUCCUCCUGCUUUUGCAGACCCCUGUGUAGAUUUUGGACUGUGUGGUUGCAAGGGGCAUGCCUUCUUGCCUUUCCCACUUCAUGACUGCACAGAGCAGGUGAGGCCCAGGAGUGCAGGCACUGCCAAGGCAAAGUACCCUUGUCGCAGCAGCGCCUGUGUACUGGGAACUGCAGCAUCAAUGUACCUUUAGACAACAUUUCUCAUGGAAGGUUGGGCAGAGGUGAGUACGUACCUUUAUUGCUUUAAAGGAGUGGAGUAUUGCAGUUGAAUUUGGAAAUACAAGAUUCAAAAAGCUCAUGGGGGAAAAACAUCACUUGGAGAUUGGUUUCUACUGCAGUCAGAACUGGCAUUGCAAAAGCCUGUCAUUCGUAGUAAGGCAAUGUACAGUAAGCACCAUUCAAGGCAUGCCAUCAUUGUAGAUAUGUUUUACAGUGUGGGCUAAGGAGAAAUGCAAGUCUACAAGGUCAGGGAACAUGAUACAGAAACAACCACGGAUUUUUGCUGUGUCCAGUGAGUUAGGUCAAACCACAAGUACCAGCAGAAGUUCCUGCAUCAGGUUUGACUGUUUUAUCAUGGAUGGAAGUGGUGCCAAAUAGUCUGCGAGCUCAAUGAUAUGCAGCAUCAGAGCUUCUGCUACACUAUCUUGUGCUGCUGGAUUUAUGUUGGAUACUGUCUCUGUAGUCUCUGUAGUCUCAAGAAUGCAUGUAUCUACUUUGCUUAAAAUACAACUUCACUAUUUGCCAAAUAUUGACGACACAUAGUACUCAUAUACUAAACAGUGAUCCAUUUGUUGCUCAACUCAUACAAGGAAUUACACCAGUUCAGCACCCUACCAUGCUGAAUCCAGGUGUAGCAGCAUUCAGCACUGAGGAAGCACUUUGUCAAGUUGGAUUUGAUCAUAGUACAGAAAUUCAACCUAAUGUGAUACUCCUAUCCCAAAAGUUACCCCUCGUUGCCAGAAAUGGAAGCUCAAGCUGGGGCUGCUCCAGAAUCUCCUUUUCCUUGCAAGUCAUGCAACACAACAUAACAUGGACUCCAGGACUUCACUGUUUCAGGAUUCAGUCUUAGAGCCACAGAAUUGCUUGACAGUAAUAUGGCCAUUGCCCUGCUGCCAACACAGGGGGUGGCCAGCUGCAGCAGGUACAUCACAAAUCAAUACUGCCGUUGCAAUUGUAUUCCUGACCAGUGCUUUCAGCAGAGAAGGAAACUCAAGAAGAAAAUUCAACAGUGCAGAAAUGGAAGUGUUUCUCAGAGAAGCAGUGCACGCAGAGGAAUACCAAAUAUGCAUAACUACUGCAAAGGGAUGAAAUAAUAGUCCCUAACUAACAGCUGACUCCAAAGAUAGCUAUUUUCUUCUCCUUUUAUUUCUGAGUUCAUUCAUUGCAUAUAUUCAUAUGUCCACGUACCGACUUUGUAGACAGGUGCUGUUCUGAGUGCCUGAAGAACAAUGUCCCACUGUGUUUCACUCAAAUAUUGCUCAGUUAUAUAUUACAAAAGCUUCUUUACUAUUGAACAGGUGCACCAACAAGGAUAGUCUGUUUUCCAACCAUAUGACCCAACCUUUAUAAGCUCUUCAGGAAUUAGUGAUUGCUGAUUAAACUAAUCUGGGUGAAAGGUAUGAAAAUAGCUUUCGUGUGUGAAGAGUAGAUCUGAAAGUAAACCACUCUCUAGAAGUAACCGAGAGGUUUGCAGACACUGCCUGCCAUUAAUCACUGGAUAUUCCUCUUACAGAUAAGAGCUGGAAACUGCUGUAAGAAGGUAGAUGUAAUUCUGGGACUGAAGUGCACAGACCUGUCUAAUAUUGUGGAGGUCUGUCAUUCAUAAAGACCUAGUGCCCAGGAGCUGAGGGCAUCAAAAGCAAAGCUCCUACAUUACCAGUUGCAAAGACAAGCUUUGGCAGCAGAGCGGGACUGGUCCUUCUUUGGACAAAGAUGCACGGAAGUGACUCCAGCCCAAACUGCCCAAGGCAAGCCCCAACCUUAUCGUGUAGGCUUUCUUACGCUCCCAACUCUUGUCUUCUUCUU